AUGCACUUUACUGGAAUGCCUCUGUGCAUUCGUUUUCGAGUAAAACGUCUCUUUGCAUCCGAGGUCAUCCGUACGUGGGCAUGGACAGGGAUCUCUUUGGUCGUGCGCACUUUCAGCAUGCUGGGUUGCAGCAUCUUCCGAGCCAAACCUCCUGCGACAAUUGAGAUCCCCAACGCGUGGGCAGGGGAAGCGCUGGGCGUGCACCUGUUUACCGUGCCUCUUUGCAUCUUUUUCAACGGAAAAUGUCUUUUCGCAGCCAAGUUCCUCAGCAAGCGGGCACGGGAAUCGCUUCCCUUCCAUUGA